AUGGCCAACGGCGACGUCGAGAUGCAGGACGAGGAGGCGGCGAAGGAGGAGCACAUGAUGUACGGCCAUGGCACCAUGACGGAGCAAGAACUCGAUGAAAAAUAUCCAAAUCGUCCUCACAAUCACUCCAAAACUUUACCUUUCCAUGAGCUCUAUCUCACCCUUUUCAACCCCUUGAACGACAACAAAAAGAAGCCCACAGGACCGGCACUACCUCGGAAGAAGCAAGGCCCUCAUGGAGCAAGCCACGCUCCAAAUGAGAUCCGACGUUCGAUCAUUGAUCGAUUCAUCUCAAGAUGGCGCAAGGAAGUUGGUCAGGACAUUUACCCUGCAUUUCGUUUGAUUGUCCCCGAGAAGGAUCGAGAUCGAGCAAUGUACGGACUCAAAGAACAGACUCUCGCCAAAUUGAUCAUCAAGAUUGUCAAAAUCAAAAAGGACAGCGACGAUGCGCAAAAUCUACUCAAGUGGAAAUUGCCCGGGUUCAAAGCCUCGACAGCAAUGGCUGGCGACUUCGCUGGGAGAUGUUACGAAGUCAUCAGUAAGCGACCAUUGAGAACGACCCCAGGCGACAUGACUAUUGCAGAGGUCAACGAACGCCUUGAUGCACUCUCCAUGGCACAGAAGGAAGAGAAUCAGCUCCCGAUUCUUGAGGACUUCUACAAUCGAAUGAACGCCGACGAGCUCAUGUGGCUCAUUCGCAUGAUCUUGCGGCAGAUGAAAGUUGGCGCAACCGAAAAGACCUUCUUUGACAUAUGGCACCCGGAUGCAGAAAACCUCUUCAACAUUUCGAGCAAUCUCCGCCGUGUGUGCUGGGAGCUGUACGAUCCUCAAGUACGGCUCGAGGGAGACAACCGGGGAAUCGCGCUGAUGCAAUGUUUCCAACCACAACUCGCAGCAUUCCAGAUGCGAUCCAUGGAGCAAAUGGUAGCCAAGAUGAACCCGACCGAAGAGGAUCCCGUAUUCUGGAUCGAAGAGAAGCUGGACGGCGAAAGAAUGCAAUUGCACAUGAUCGAAGAUGACGAGGACCCCACUGAGCGUAAGUUCAAGUUUUGGUCUCGAAAGGCGAAGGAUUACACCUACCUCUACGGCAGUAGCUUUAACGACGACAACGCGGCACUUACACGACACAUCAGGGAUGCUUUUUCUGAAGGUGUUCGAAAUCUCAUUCUGGACGGAGAGAUGAUCACUUGGGAUCCCAAGGAAGAUGCUAUCGUGCCGUUUGGUACUCUCAAAACUGCCGCGCUUGACCAGCAAGCGAAUCCUUUCUCUACAGGCAAUCGACCUCUCUAUCGGGUAUUUGACAUUCUGUACCUCAACGACAAAGAUUUGACCCGGUAUACACUGCGCGACCGCCGCAAAGCAUUGUCCGCCAGCAUUUCCAGCAUUCAACGUCGCCUAGAGAUUCAUGAGUUUCAAGAAGCUCGGGAGGCCUCAGAGAUUGAGCCAGUCCUCCGGAAAGUUGUCGCCGAAUCAAGCGAAGGACUGGUGCUGAAAAAUCCUCGAUCGGAGUACCGCCUCAAUGAGCGAAAUGAUGACUGGAUCAAAGUCAAGCCAGAAUAUAUGACAGAAUUCGGUGAAUCGCUUGACUGCGUUGUUGUGGGCGGGUAUUACGGCUCUGGCAAGCGAGGAGGUGGACUCAGCAGUUUCCUCUGUGGCCUCUACGUUCCUGGAGAUCUUCGCGCCGCAUUUCCAGACAUCAACCCGCAGAAGACCUUCUCGUUCUUCAAAGUCGGUGGAGGCUUCAGUGCAGGUGACUACGCAGAGAUUCGGCAUCGGACAGAAGGGAAGUGGGUUGACUGGGAUCCCAAGAAGCCACCAAACGACUGGGUCGAGCUAGGCGGAGGCGAUCUCCAAUACGAAAGGCCAGAUGUCUGGAUCAAACCCGAAGACUCGAUCGUGGUGUCUGUUAAGGCAGCUUCUGUUCACACCACCCCUCAAUUCCGAACGGGCGUUACCCUACGUUUCCCACGAUUCAAGAAGCUUCGUUACGACAAGAAAUGGGACCAAGCGCUUUCGAGCGACGAGUUUAUAGAGCUGAGGAAGAAAGUCGAAGGCGAGCGUGAGGAGAAGAAGAUGAAGCUGGACGAGUCCAGGAAGAACAAGCGAGUGUCGAGGAAGCGGCCACGACAGAUCGUUAUCCAAGGCCAAGAGGGCGAGGUCAAGACACCGUACGCUGGUCCAACCACGAAAGUCUUCGAGGGCCUCUCCUUCUUCAUCAUGACUGAAGCACCCAAACCUCUCAAGAAGUCCAAGGCUGAGCUCGAAGCGCUCGUCAAAGCGAACGGCGGCACGGUGGUUGCGUCUGAAAAGGACCCAAAUACAAUCCUCAUCGCAGACCGAAGAGUCGUCAAAGUCGCAUCAAUCGCCAAGCGCGACGAGAGAAACAUCAUCCGACCCAACUGGCUCCUCGACUGCAUCAAGCAAAGCGAAAUCGAUAUCGGCCGCCCAACCCUCCUUCUACCCCUCGAACCACACCAUCUCUUCCACGUCGCGGGAGAGAACGAGGGCAAGUACGACGACAACGUCGACGAGUACGGCGAUUCCUACGCGAGGGACGUGACAUCCGACGAUCUUUUGGAGCUCUUCAAGAAUAUGCCUCCAAAGAUUGAGGACGGGUAUGAUCCGAUGGAGGUCCUGGAUCAGUUGAAUGAGCAUGGGAAUGAACUUGAUGCGAUGCCUUGUUGGAUGUUUCAUGGGAUUAUCGCGUACUUUGGGGAAGGUGUGGCGGUGCAGACGAAGAGGCUUUUUCAGUUUGCUGGUGGACUGGUGGCGACUUCGCUGGAGAGGGAGGAGGUCACGCAUGUUGUGGUGGUGGGUGGCGGCGAUUCGAAUGCUGUGAAAGAGAUGCGGAGAGCUAUCUCUGGUAAGCAUAAACUGCCGAGGAUCGUGACGAGUGAGUGGGUGGAAGAGAGCUGGGCAGAGGGGACGAGAUUGGAUGAAGAGCGCUUUGCGCCUACGUGA